CAUAAUGCAAGACACGUUUAUAUGUGCUAUGAUAUAAUACAGUUGAAUAAGAAGCUUUGGUCCUUCCCCAUGGCUUUGGUUAAACGGUCUAUCCCUGACUAGCCCUACACAUGCCCAAGAGCAAAUAUCAGGCCGCUAUCGUCUCCUUGUUUCUUUUGGGGAAAUCUUAAAUUCCAACUCGCAGUAUUGUGAUACCAAUGAUGAAUCACGACAUCUAAGAGUACAUAUACGCACAUUCAGACCUAGACUUUAUUUAUUCCAUUGGCACACUAUCUAAGUAGCCAGUGGCUUGAUUGUUGUACCGCACGAGAGCAAGUAACCGAAGGGUUGUAACCUAUCCAAGUGUACAUACCAGCAUGUCUGGCCCACGUGGAAUCCCCCUGAAAGAGCCCUCGGGUGAAACUUCAGGGACAUCGUCGUCUCCCACUGCAGCACCAGCACCGCCAGAAACAGCACCAACGGCAACAGAAACAGUAACGACACCAGCAACCGCACCGUCACCAGCACAGGUUCUACCACCGUCACCAGAGGGUUCUCCUAGUCAGCAAGCCCAAGGAUCCGAGAUUCUACCCGCAUCGCAUUGGGCUCAACAACCACCUCCCGAAGACUUCGACGACGACGACUCUUCAUACGGAGACAAUGCCAGCUCCACCGCCUCACUGACGGCGAGUAUCUUCGAAUACCGCACGGUACUCGGCCGCACGUUCCAUAGCGAACGGGGCAAUGCCCAGUCCUGGAACCCGAACGAUGCUAAACAUGAUGAAAGCAUGGAUAUCCUACAUCAUGUCUCGACUUUGAUGCAGGACGGGAAGCUUUAUCUAGCCCCUAUUACUAAGGACGUUCAAAAAGUACUGGACGUCGGCUGCGGAACGGGAAUAUGGGCAAUCGACUUCGCCGACGAGUUCCCCGGGACCGAGGUGAUCGGCCUCGACAUCUCCGCACAGCAGCCUCAAUGGAUCCCGCCGAACCUGAAGUUCGAGCUCGACGACAUCACGCGGCCGUGGACCUACGACCCGGACACCUUCGACUACAUCCACAUGCGCUGGCUCGUCGGCGCCAUCCCCGACUGGACCGCCCUGUACAAGGAGAUCUUCUUCACGCUCAAGCCCGGAGGGUACUUCGAGAACAAGGAGUCGUCGGCCGUGAUCACGAGCGACGACGGCACGGUCGCCGAGGGCUCGGCGCUGGACCAGUGGGGCAAGAUGUUUGGGGAGGCGGGCAAGAAGUGCGGGCGCACGUUCAGGGUCGUGGAGGAGGAUAUACAGAGGAAGGCGAUGGCGGAGGCGGGCUUUGUGGAUGUUGUGGAAGUCAACUUCAAGGCACCCCUGGGACCCUGGCCCGCAGACGAGAAGCAGAAAGAGAUUGGCCAGUAUAACCAGCUUGCCCUCGAGCAGGAUAUUGAAGGCUUCAUCACGUACCUCUGGAGCACGGACAUGGGAUGGACCCGGGAGGAAAUCCAAGUCUAUGCCGCACAUCUGCGGCGCGAACUGCACUCCAGGAGAUUCCACGCCUACUACCCGCAGAAGGUAGUCAUUGGUCGCAAGCCAUAUCGCGGAGAGGUUUCGUGACGGUGGAAGGCUCGUUGGCCUUUUUCUCUUUUUUUCCUGCGUGGGGGGUAGGUAGGUAGGUAGGUACCUAGGUUACUUAAGUCCAUUUUUGCGGGGUGGAAGGUGUCACUUUGGAAUGGAACAUGUCUGCUUUGGCUGUAUAGUGUAUGAUCUUCGUCUUCACUGCGGCAAGGCUCCUGCAGAGUUCUAGCGCACUGCUAAUCAAGGCAUUAAUCCAAUUUGUUGUCAACGCAGGAGAAGCAAUACUUUCGGGCGAGUCAUUCACUUUGUCGUAUUGGCCCCCUAUUAUGCUCUGUGCGAGGUAGCACCCGGUAGACCCGGACUUAACUCCCGAAGCCUUGGAUACCAACGGGGUGCAUGCCAUUGGUCACUCCUUGAUAUAAGCAGGCUAGAACUGAGAAUAUCAACGGUUGUACGCACCUAUACCGAUGGUUGUUGCCUUUUUAUACGUGUUGGUGCUUCGACGCAGCUCGUUGGAAUGAGGGAAAAUGCUUUACCCGAGAUUCGAGACCGUGGUGGUCAAGUCUGAUGUCAGCUGCAACAUAUUCCUCCCUCGCCAGUCCUUCCUUGGUCGAGACCUUUUAUAUCCCGUUAGGGUACCUAGGUUAGCUGCAGGUAUAUCAGGAGGAUAUAUGGGAGGAUUUUGUUCGUGUAAAAGUGAAUGCAU